CCUCUGGAUUUUUCUCCUGCACUGAAAUCUUUUUAGUAACUCUGUUGUGACAUCUUCCAUGGAACCCCACGGAACAAGAGAGAGGGUAGAAUUUGGCUCUAUUUAAAAAGAGUAGCUAUUAAAGAAAGGGAAGCUUUAGCCUCAUCUAACUUUAUUUGCUGUACCUCAUGGCUGCAGUUUCUCUGGAAGAAUGUCUGAAGCGAUACAGACAUACAAAAAUGGUCCUUUUGUUCUACGGAGUUUUUUUUAUCCUUUCUUGAAUGUGUAUCAAUCUCUUGCAAAUAAUGGCUUGAUGGGUAACUUUUUACUGCAAUGAUUACAAUACUUUGUAAUAAUUGAGUAGACACUGUGCUUUGAUCUAAUACUGAAGCGAUUAACUUGCCUUUGGAGGUUCUACUCUACAAUCUUUUUAAGACUGGAUAAACAGGAAACCUUGCGUCACUUUCUCCUUCUUGAGUAACUAAUUAGGGUCAAUUAUACUUUAUAAAGCUAAUACCUUGAUAGAUAAAGAAAAGUGGGAGUGAUACCUAUAUUUUAAAGCCUCACCUGGAGGAGAGAAAAGGUAGAUAUCAUAAAAAGGAAUAACAAUAACCAACACCAUCAUGGUUGCACAGCAAUGUUUAUUUUAAUGUCUGUGAUCAGGAGCUUCUAAUUUUCUGCCCUCUUUACCUUGAAGUUGAAUAUCUUCAUGUUUGUAUCCUUUAUGCUUUAAAAACCAGCAAUGAAACCCAUCUGAAAAAACACCAAACACAACAAACUGGGUAAAAUACUUUACAUUUUAAGAAAAUUUCUAUGAAUGUUUGGUCGUCGUCUUUUUAAAGUUCCUGGUUUUAAAAGAUUUGAGGUAAAAAUUGCCUUUAUCUUGACAACAGGAAAUCCGAACAUAGGUAUUGCUGCGAAAUUAGUUUCACUGUGAUGAAGAAUAACAUAUUGGGUGGGUACAUAUUUUAUGUUUUCCGUGGUCAAAAUCCACCGCUGUCCCAGAUUCCAGAGGCUCACGGUAAGAGCAAAGUACAACUUGUCCUUUGCAAGGGUUGCAGGACUGAACCCUCACAAAGUGCAUAACUAAGAAAUUGUUUUGUUUGUGUGUUUUGUUUCACGUGCUGAGUGGGAGUGUUUUGCAGAGCACAAAUUGCUACUUGCUGUUAGUAACCUGACAGAAGGGACUCCCAGUAUGGCAAAGGAAUGACUGGCAUCGCACUCAUCUCGAACUUUCAUGCUUUCAAGCAGCUGAGAGAUGUGCACAUCUGGAUUCCAGCUACGGAGGCUAAUUCUCUCUGACAAGAAGCUGCAGGAGAACUUUGGAAAUUAAGCCUCCGUUUGAUACUUGCACUAAUGCCUGCAAACUACAACGCAAAUGACUGACCCUUCUCAGCCAGACAGUGCAAGUCAGAUGCUGCCCCUGUGACUGGUUUGCGUAAUGUGCCUCACUACCUGAGGAAUGCCAGGGGGAGAAAGAACCCGGGUUCCUUGAUAAGACGUGUCCCAGGAGAGAGCAGUGGGGUCCUGGAAGGAAAAGCAGCUGCUGAAUGGCAGUAGAGCAGGACUCCCGGCUGAGGGACGGUGAAGCACCAGCGCUGAGAGAUGGAGUGACACAGGGAUGCCUCCUGCCGGGGGACACAGAGCAGAGCAGUGGCAGCAAGUCCAGACUGCUGGGAACCUCAGAGGCAAAUGGCCCUCUCCCAGACAGCCCCUCUGGCUCUUUUGCGUUAUUCGGUGGUGCUAAAGCAUCUCAGUUGAGCUCAGGCUCUCUGUGCUCCGGCUGUGAGUGCUGCCUCUCCCCUGGGCUCGGCGCUGCGCACCCAGAGCUCCCUAGCAGUGCACGGGGGAGCUGCAGCUGCCUGUUCUAGGAGUGAAUCCUCGCUGCCGGCUUUCAGGCUCUGGGCUGGGAGGAGGUGGAGGGCGGAAUAAAGGAAGAACUGGAAGACUGCCGCCGAAGCACUGAGGAACGCACACUCAGCCGUUGGCUUUGGUGAUCCGUGAGCCACCCUGUGAAACUACACAGAAAGUGUGAAACUACAGAAUUACAAACCCGUACACUCAGCAGCUACACUUCUGUCCUACUCAUAAUCUGCCCGCUCCAUAUCCUUAAACAUGCUUCCUUUGCCACAGGGUAGGGAACUUCCACAGGAACUUCCCUAAAACCUUCCUUUCCCCAUUCCUUCACACCCACAUUUGCUAAAGAAUUGCAGCAGUUAUGCGCCCUGGCGUGGAGUGAGAGCAGAGUGGAGAGCUUCCAUCUGAAAGUUGGGAAAAAAAGCGGCCAGAAAGACAAGUGUAACACACUGCAGCGUGUGGUUUACUUAGUGUAGCUUAGUGUUAAUUAUUUAUGAUAAUUCACGAUUUUCCCAAGUAUAUUGCCUGAUGAUACUUGUCAUUGUGACAACAGUUAAUAAACAAUUCCCAGUCUUCAGGCAACCAGACCUACUGCAUUAUAAUGACAAAUGCCUACAAUUUACUUUUAAAUAUUGUUGUUACUAUCAUUAGCCUACCCUUUCCUGCAUUAGUUCUCCAUGGAUUUCUGCAUCUCACUGCUUCCUUCCCUUCCCGCUCUCCUUCCUGCCCUUCCUCUCCCAUUAAGCCCAAAACAGUGACAUGUUCUCAUUCACUAACUGUACAUGCGUGCUACUGUACUAUUGCAAUGUGUUAUAAAUAGCACAGAUUGAGGAGUACAGUUCAUUCUGAAAAAAUUAUCUUUAGAGACGACCUUUGAAACUCUAACUAUAUCUUUCCUGUUUUUCACAGCAUGCUCUGGAUUGUGAUGCUCUUAAUUUGGUACAGUUUAUUAAUUUCAAAAGACUGUAGAGGCUAUGCAGUAAGCAGAGGAUUUGAACAAUAAGGUGGAUAAUUAAAAUGAAUUAAUGAGGUGGAUAAAAUAAAGGGAUUGAGGCCAAAUGGAGCACAAAUUUUCUAAGCAUUAUUGGCCCCAAAACUCUGUCAUGCAAGGGCAUGUUCCUCUUUCCAGCUAGAUGUCUGGUUUUCAUCCAGAAGUGUCAGUCAUCUUUCAUGCCAGCCAUCUUUCAUGGUUUAUUAAUACAGUCCCAGGAGAGUUGAGUAUCUUCUAGUGUCUUCUCCUGUGGCCCUAAAUGCCCUUUCUAGCCAGUAAAAGUUCUCCAGCUGGUCUGCUUUUGACUCGUUUGCACUAGUGUGUUAAAAGCCACCCCAAAAGCAGGUCACAGGUGAUACUAAUCCCGUGUCUCUGCAAGCCAGUGAAAUGGUUCUCAAGUAAACGGGGAGAAAGAGGGGCUUGGCUUGGAUUCUGAAGCAGUAAAUCCUGUCUAAUCUAUCCGUAAUGCUCCUUGACCAACGCCAUCCUUCCAUGUAGAAGGACUCCUCUAUGGGAAUGUUUGAGACUCAAAAUAUCCUGAAAAGGCUGGUGGAAUUGUGCCUGUCAAUGCGUGGGUUGUAUUUCCUCCUCCUUCCUUCCAAGUCUCAGUGAUUCCACCUCAAAUUUAUCCGGGAGAGCCGUGCAAGCUCCUCCAGGGUGGAGGUGCGACCCAGCACCGUGCCGGCCGUGGGAAGAGCACGUGCUUAUCAGUGGAAUUGCCGAGGGACGCUUCGCUGCCGUUCCCCAGCCCUCCGCUGUGCCGUCCCCGCCCUGGCCAGCCUGCUCAGUGCCGGUGACACGCGGUGACAGCUGCCAUGGAAGCGCUCGCAGCUGAGCCGUCACCCUGACACAGCUGCGGGCAGAGCGGCACCUCUCACCAGACCAUGUUCCUGCACAGCCGGACACACAUCUGGAGCCGGUCAGAGGGCCAGAUGCAGUACAUACCACUGGAUCUGCUGAUUCACAUCCUCUAAUGGAAAGUAAGCUUAAAGCAUUCAGUAUUGGCAAAAUGAGUGCUGCCAAACGGACUUUGAGCAAGAAAGAGCAAGAAGAAUUAAAAAAGAAGGAGGAUGAGAAGGCUGCUGCAGAAAUUUAUGAAGAAUUCCUUGCUGCCUUUGAAGGAGGUGAUGGUAAUAAAGUGAAAACAUUUGUAAGAGGAGGAAUCGUUAAUGCAUCUAAAGAGGAGCAUGAAACAGAUGAAAAACGGGGUAAAAUCUAUAAACCUUCGUCACGAUUCUCAGAUCAAAAAAAUCAGCCAAGUCAACCGUCUAAUGAGAAACCUCCAUCCCUCCUAAUGAUAGAAACAAAAAAGCCUACCCUCCCCAAAAACAAAAACAAACAAACAACUUUGCCUGGGCCUUUGAAGAAAGGAGAGAAGGAAAAGAAAAAGAGUAAUUUGGAACUUUUUAAAGAAGAAUUAAAGCAGAUCCAAGAGGAGCGUGAUGAGAGGCACAAAACAAAAGGUAGAUUGAGUCGUUUUGAACCACCUCAGUCUGAUUCAGAUGGGCAGCGGCGUUCAAUGGAUGCUCCUUCAAGAAGAAACAGAUCAUCUGGUGUACUGGAUGAUUAUGCACCAGGGUCACAUGAUGUCGGAGAUCCAAGCACAACAAAUUUGUAUCUGGGAAACAUCAAUCCUCAGAUGAAUGAAGAGAUGUUAUGCCAAGAAUUUGGCCGUUUUGGACCAUUAGCGAGUGUUAAAAUCAUGUGGCCAAGAACUGAUGAAGAAAGAGCAAGAGAAAGAAAUUGUGGCUUUGUUGCCUUUAUGAACAGGAGAGAUGCUGAAAGAGCAUUGAAGAAUUUAAAUGGCAAGAUGAUUAUGUCGUUUGAAAUGAAGCUGGGCUGGGGCAAAGCUGUUCCUAUACCACCACAUCCAAUCUACAUUCCGCCUUCCAUGAUGGAGCACACCCUGCCACCUCCCCCCUCAGGACUGCCUUUCAAUGCCCAGCCUAGGGAGAGAUUGAAAAAUCCCAAUGCUCCAAUGUUACCACCACCAAAAAACAAGGAAGAUUUUGAGAAGACUCUGUCGCAAGCCAUAGUCAAAGUGGUUAUCCCAACAGAAAGGAAUUUGCUCGCUUUGAUACAUCGAAUGAUAGAGUUUGUGGUUCGGGAAGGGCCCAUGUUCGAAGCCAUGAUCAUGAACCGAGAAAUCAACAACCCAAUGUUCAGGUUUUUAUUUGAAAACCAGACUCCAGCCCAUGUGUACUAUAGAUGGAAGCUUUAUUCAAUUCUUCAGGGGGAUGCUCCAACCAAGUGGAGGACAGAAGAUUUCCGUAUGUUCAAAAACGGGUCCUUCUGGAGGCCACCACCAUUGAAUCCAUACUUGCAUGGGAUGUCAGAAGAGCAGGAAACGGAGGCGUUUGUGGAGGAGCCGAACAAGAAGGGUGCACUUAAGGAAGAACAGAGGGACAAACUAGAGGAAAUUCUCCGUGGGUUAACACCUCGGAAGAACGACAUCGGAGACGCAAUGGUUUUCUGCCUAAAUAACGCAGAAGCUGCUGAAGAAAUUGUGGACUGCAUUACAGAGUCAUUGUCCAUCCUCAAGACUCCUCUUCCUAAGAAGAUUGCAAGAUUGUAUCUAGUAUCGGAUGUGUUAUACAACUCUUCAGCUAAAGUUGCUAAUGCUUCCUACUAUAGAAAAUUUUUUGAAACAAAAUUAUGUCAGAUAUUCUCUGAUCUCAAUGCUACUUACCGUACAAUACAAGGCCAUUUACAGUCUGAAAAUUUCAAGCAACGGGUGAUGACAUGCUUCAGAGCAUGGGAAGACUGGGCAAUCUAUCCAGAACCAUUUCUGAUCAAACUGCAAAAUAUUUUCUUGGGACUUGUAAAUAUCAUGGAAGAUAAAGAAACAGAGGAAGUACCGGAUGAUCUUGAUGGUGCUCCCAUUGAGGAAGAGCUUGAUGGUGCUCCACUGGAAGAUGUGGAUGGAAUUCCUAUUGAUGCUGCUCCUAUUGAUGAUCUGGAUGGAGUCCCAAUUAAAUCGCUGGAUGAUGAUCUUGAUGGAGUUCCUUUGGAUACAACUGAAGACUCAAAAAAGAAUGAGCCUAUAUUUAAAGUUGCCCCUUCGAAGUGGGAAGCAGUGGAUGAAUCGGAACUGGAAGCUCAAGCUGUUACUACUUCUAAGUGGGAGCUUUUUGACCAACAUGAAGAAUCUGAGGAGGAGGAAAUUCAAAACCAAGAAGAAGAAAGUGAAGAUGAAGAAGACACACAGAGUUCUAAGUCAGAAGAACAACACAUGUAUUCCAAUCCUAUUAAAGAGGAAAUGCCUGAAUCCAAGUCAUCAGUCAAAUAUUCAGAAAUGAGUGAAGAGAAGCGUGCCAAACUCCGAGAGAUAGAGCUUAAGGUGAUGAAGUUUCAGGAUGAGUUAGAGUCUGGGAAAAGACCCAAGAAGCCAGGCCAGAGUUUUCAGGAACAGGUUGAACACUAUAGAGACAAGCUGCUCCAGAGGGAAAAAGAAAAAGAGAUGGAAAGAGAACGGGACAGAGACAAAAAGGACAAGGAGAAGUCUGAGACCAGGUCCAAAGAUAAGAAGGAAAAAGAGGAGUGUACACCAACACGAAAAGAGAGGAAAAGGCGGCACAGCGCUUCCCCCAGCCCGUCCCGCAGCAGCGGCAGCCGCAGAGCCAAGUCGCCCUCGCCCAAAUCCGAGCGCUCCGAGCGCUCCCACAAGGAGAGCUCCCGCUCCCGCUCCUCACACAAAGAUUCUCCCAGAGAUGUCAGUAAAAAAGGCAAAAGGUCGCCGUCUGGGUCCAGAACACCCAAAAGAUCAAGGAGGUCACGAUCCAGAUCCCCUAAGAAGUCAGGGAAAAAAUCCAGGUCUCAGUCCCGUUCUCCUCACAGAUCUCACAAGAAGUCAAAGAAAAGCAAACACUGACAAUGUUAAUAUUUUUUAUGAUGCUGUCACUUACUGGAAAUGCGGUUUUGUUUUUGUGCCUGAACAGUCUGUUUAAAAACAAAAGAGCAUUCCUGAUUUUUUUUUUUUUUUUUUUUGGUGAAUGCACGUGUAUACUCAUGAGUAUCGGCAUCUGUAGACCCGUCAUUGUUUUAUAUUGUACAAAAUAUCUUCAUUGUGACUAUUUCCUAAAAGAAGCAUUUUUGUGUUUAGACGUUUCAUCAGAAAUGUGUGUAACUGAUCUGCUGGCAGUAGUGAUAUUUUGUUUUUAGAAUGUUGUGACAUAGCAGAAAUAACCCAAAUGUUCCCCCUUUUUGUAGCUUUGACAAUUUGAAUUAGAUUUCAAAUAAAAUCUGAACAGAAAAUGAA